AUGGGACACUUGAAGUCACGAGGUGGAGUCUUACCACAGUCGAUAAGAAGCUCAAGAGCAAUGGGAAGAACCAGGUCAAUAUUGAGAACCUUGGCUCUAAUGGUGGUGCAGAGACAAACCGCUGCGUCAAGACCCACUAAACCUCCAAGAAGCGGGCAACACGUAGCCUUUGCCGCGUCGAUUGGACAAGUCUCCGGUUUAGGUGUUGCUGGAGGUGGAGGAGGACAUGGGGUUGGUGGAGGUGGUGGUGGCGGACAGGGUGUCUCUGGAGUUGGAGUUGGCGGUGGCGGUGGCUUCACGGUGGGCGGUGGAGGAGUAUAUGGUGUAGGAGGAGGUGGUGGUGUUAGUGGAGUUGGCGGUGGCGGGGGCUUGACGGUUGGCGGUGGAGGAGUGUAUGGUGUAGGAGGUGGUGGUGUUAAUGGAGUUGGCGGUGGCGGUGGCUUCACGGUGGGUGGUUUUGGAGAGUAUGGUGGGGGAGGAGGAGGCGGCGGCUUAACGGUGGGUGGAGGUGGUGGCGGGGGCUUGACGGUGGGUGGUUUUGGAGUGUGCGGAGGUGGAGGGCAUGGAGUGGGAGGAGGUGGAGGCUUAACGGUUGGCGGUUUUCGGGGUGGAGGAGGUGGUUUAACGGUGGGUGCCUUAGGCGGUUUAGAGGGAUGUUUAGGCGGUUUAACCGGAUGUGGAGAUGGUUUGGGAGGGUCACUACAGUCACAAGCGUAA